GAGCAGCGGCUGCAGGCCCUCUAUCAGCUCCAGCAGCAGUCCCAGCAUCCGCCGCCGGCGCAGCAGGCGCAAAUGCAGGCGCAGCAGGCGCAGCUGCAGGCGCAGCAGAGGCAGCAGCAGCAGCUGCAGCAGCAGCAGCUGCAGCAGCAGCAGCUGCGCCUGGUCUCCUUCGAGGACCAGCAGGGCUACGCGGACGUGGUGCCCGCGGCGGCCGGGACCCCGGCACAGGCGCACAGGGCCCCGAGCCCCGACGAGCAGGCGAUGGUGCAGCGGGCACUGCAGAAGGAACAGGCCCUGGCGUCCUCGCUGCCCUCCGGCGCCGCCCAGCCCCAGCCCGUGCCGUCGGCGCACCUGGACCAGACGGUGGAGGUGCAGGGCACGGCGGACGACAUGACUUACACGCUCGGCCAGCCGCAGCGCGCCGCCGCCGGCCAGGGCCCCCACGGCGCCGGCCACGGCAUCGUGCCGCAGACCGGGCUGCCUCCG